AUGGAGUCUGGCCUUCUCAAACCUCUGGCAGUAUUUUGCAGUCAAUCGCAGUCUCAACGAUACAUAAAAACUGUCAGGAACCUUGGCGAUGCAUGGCAUAGCCUUGCUGAAAGGCCACUUUCUAAGUCUGAAGAAAACUCUGUUCUGGUGGAAACCAACUUUGACUUUGUUUUGAAAAUCACGAAUAUACUGGAAGAGCAACGCCAGUCAGAAUCAACCAUUGUCGAAAUUUCAGCCCAUAAGCCAUCUACACCUCUGUUGAACGUUUCAUCUGAAUCAUCUCUAUCGAUCGAGUCAUCUACAACCUCUCUGUCUACUGGGCCAUCUAUAUCAACAGAACCUCCGCGACACUAUCGUAUCUUCGCUGAUUAUGGUACGGAUUUUAUCUGGCAGGAUCCCGAUGACCUUAGGCCUGAGGAAGGGGACUGUAUAUUAGAGGCUGAAGAGGUACUCUCUUCAUUCCCUUCAUCGGUCUUAGAAUCAUACAAUGCGUGGGUAGACACGUACACCGAUAACUUCAGCGAACGGCGUGAUAAAACUCAAAAUUAUUAUGCGGAUGUUUUUCUAACCGCCUCCGAGGAGGUGGCUUGGAACGUGGCGGGGUUUCUAUUGGCUUGA